AUCAACAUUAAUUAAUUCAAUGCAACCCUGACGGCAAUAAUAGCCCUGCGGUUGAAGGCGGAAAAAUAAUCUCCGUGCAAUGCACCAUCCUAUGCCCAGUUUUGGGCACGAGUGAGACGAUCACAACAGCAAUGAUCUCUGUGAUGCGGGGGACCUCCGCAGUUUUUAUCCCUGCUGAAUACAUCACUCUCCACUUCAAUGUUUCAAGGAGCGGGUUUUCUUGGAUAAAGUCAUGAAGUCGAACAAUACAUGAUACGAUGUAUACACGGACUAAACAUGUUAUUGAUUUUACGUGCCGAGGAGUCCAGAUUCCUUGAAAAUGCAUGCUGGCUCGAUGGUCGCUCCUCGACACACUAUCAUGCAAUUCGGCAAAAUGUCAAACCAUCGUCCUGCAUGAAGCUGUGACUUCAUUGUCUACCUGCAUACCCCUCAAGGACUUUUACCAGAAGCGGAAGUCUUGUUCCUCAAUCCCUCAAAUGUCAUGGUCUACUCCACAGGGAAUAAUGUCUCUUAGCGAGCAGACUCUCUUCGGCAUGUCUGCAAUUGCCGGAAAACGGGAUUUGUCAUUGAGUAGACUCCGUUGGGGUGGGGGAUAGAAAACAGAUAUAAAUUGUCUGGGGUUCACUGGCCGGGGUCAAGCACUGGACGGGAAUAAGAUCGGCAGAGUGCAUGUACCCAUCGCCCUCGUAGGGGAGAAGCCACUAUGCUACGCGAAUGUUUCCUUCUGCCCCUCCUGGCAGCCUGCAGUGCAGCGGUUGAGAUUUCCGUUGCAUCGUCUGGCGGUAAUGCCACUAGCGGUUUACAAUAUGGUAUCAUGGAAGAGGAAAUUAACUACUGUGGUGAUGGGGGUCUGUAUGCGGAGCUGAUUCGCAAUCGUGCGUUCCAGGGAGGCGAGAAAUACCCUUCCACAUUGGAUGCUUGGAUCCCAGUCGAGGGAUCGGCGCUGUCUCUGAAGAACCUCAGUCAACCCCUGUCAUCUGCACUGCCCACGUCAGUUAAUGUCAAAGGAACGACAGGAAAGGCCGGUCUUACCAACUUGGGUUGGUGGGGUAUCGACGUGAGAGAGCAGACGUACACCGGCUCCUUCUACGUGAAGGGUGCCUACAACGGAACAUUCACAGCUUCCCUCCAGUCCAAUAAGACUGGUGAGGUAUAUGCCAGUGCUGUCAUUGUGUCCAAGAGUGCUCGCGGCGAAUGGACACAGCAUAACUUUACUUUGACCCCCACCAAGGCUGCCUCAAAUACCGAGAAUACGUUCUCUAUUACUUUCGAUGCUUCUAACACCGUUGAUGGCUCCCUUGACUUUAACCUAAUCAGCCUGUUCCCUCCUACAUAUAACGACCGUCCCAAUGGGCUUCGCAGGGAUUUGAUGCAAGCGAUGGCCGACUUCGGACCUAAAUUCCUGCGGUUCCCAGGUGGCAACAACCUCGAGGGCGAUACCCUUGAUGGCAGAUGGAAAUGGAACGAAACCAUUGGACCUCUCAAGGACCGCCCAGGCCGUGCAACAACCUGGUCCUACCAAGAAACCCACGGAUUAGGUCUCGUCGAAUACAUGGAAUGGUGUGAAGACCUUGGAGUCGAGCCCAUCCUUGCCGUAUGGGGUGGAUUCGCACUGAACGGCGACGCAAUCCCCGAAUCCGAGCUUGGUAUAUACGUGCAAGAUGCCUUAGACGAGCUAGAAUUCCUCACCGGCUCCGUCGAUACCGAAUACGGUGCCCUCCGUGCAUCCCUCGGCCACCCAGACCCAUGGACCGUCAAGUAUGUCGAAGUCGGCAACGAAGAUAACCUAAACGACGGAUUGGAUUCAUACAAAUCCUACCGCUUCCAGGCCUUCUACGACGCCAUCAAGGAGAAGUACCCAGACAUCACCGUCCUGGCAUCCACCGUAGAAAUCGACUUCCCCGGCGAUGCAGGCGGUGACUAUCAUCUGUACGAUACGCCAGACAACUUUGUCGAGAAGUUCAACUUCUUCGACCAGUACAGCCCCGACCACCCGAUCCUACUUGGCGAGAUCGCGGCAAUUCAGCUCAACGGACGCGAAAUCGUCUGGGGCACCUCGAACCAUUUCUCGCAGUACCCAUGGUGGAUCGGUAGCGUCGCAGAAGGAGUCUUCCUCAUCGGUGCCGAAAGAAACGCCGACAAAGUCCUUGGAACAACAUACGCUCCCUUUAUGAUGAACCUCGACAACUACCAAUGGUCCCCUACCUUCCUCGCCUUCAACUCAAACCCAGAUGAGACGGCGCGUUCGACCAGCUGGCACCUUUACGAUCUCUUCUCCCACAACUCCUUCACACACACCCUCCCCACAACAUCAAACUCCAGCUUCGGACCUCUCUACUACGUCGCCGGUGUUGACAACACGAGCAACUCUCAUAUCUUCAAGGCCGCCGUUUACAACAGCACCGCUGAUGUGCCCGUCUCUCUUACCUUUGAUGGUGUCAAGGCUGGUACCAGUGCGAGCCUCACUGUGCUCACCGCCGCAGAUCCACUGGGUAUGAACGAAGUGGGAGUUGCUGAUAUCGUUGAUAAGAAAACCUCCACCGUGACGGCAGGCGCCAACGGCGUGUUUGACUUCAGCCUGCCGAAUCUGAGCGUGGCUGUCCUGAAGACGGAGUAGGCGUGUACAAGAAGUUGUUGGGUUAGAUAGUCAUUCAAACAGGAUGAAUGAAUGAAUGAGUAGAGUAUGCAGAGAUUACUUUCGAAUAUCGUAUAUAUUUGUGCUUGACGUCCUUCAACCCUUGACUUGGCUAUUAUUAUUACUCUUAUUAUUACUAUUAUUAUUGUUGGUUUUGUUUUUUU